GGGUGCAUAAAGCUCAAUCGCUCCUUCGUGUUACGUCGCUAACAUAAGGAUAGCCAAACAAGUUAAAAAUAAAAACCCAGAAUCCAAACAAGAAAAGGGAUCAGAUUUUGAAAGGGAAAAAGGAUCCAAACACCAAAAUCAUAGUAGAAAACACCCUAUUGUUAAUGGGGUUGCUUUUCUAGACAAAAAAAGAGAAAAAAACAAUAUUAUACCAUAAACAGCAGAGAAAGUAUAAAUUUUUAUUUAUUCUUUCUCAAAAGGGGUUCUUAGUUUGAUUUGUUGGAGAAUGGAAGCCGAGAAGAAGUACAUUACUACUGAGGAACUGAAGGAGCACAACAAGGCAGGGGAUCUGUGGAUCUCUAUUCAGGGUAAGGUUUAUAAUGUCUCGGAAUGGGUUAAGGAUCACCCUGGUGGGGAUGCUCCUCUACUAAGUUUCGCUGGCAGGGAUGUUACUGAUGCCUUUAUUGCAUACCAUCCCGGCACUGCGUGGAAACAUCUUGACCAGUUUUUCACCGGUUACUAUGUCAAAGAUUUCGUGGUCUCAGAGAUUUCCAAGGAUUAUAGGAGACUUGCAAACGAGUUUACCAAACUGGGGUUGUUUGAAAAGAAAGGUCAUGGGAUUUUCUACACUCUGACAUGUGUUGCUAUAAUGCUUUCCAUGGUUGUCUAUGGUGUUGUGAAAUCUGAGAGCGUUUUAGUCCAUAUGGGUUGUGCUAUCAUAUUGGGGAUGCUUUGGAUUCAAAGCGCUUAUGUUGGACAUGAUUCUGGGCAUUACCAGGUCAUGUUAAGCCCAGGAUAUAACAAAUUUGCUCAGCUUUUGGCUGGGAAUUGUCUUACUGGGAUUAGCAUUGCUUGGUGGAAAUGGACUCACAAUGCCCAUCAUAUUGCCUGCAAUAGCCUUGAUUAUGAUCCAGAUCUUCAACACAUCCCGGUCUUCGCAGUAUCUUCUAAAUUCUUCAAGUCCAUUACUUCACGCUUUUAUGGAAGGGAGUUGACGUUCGAUUCAUUUUCUAGGUUCAUGAUCAGCUACCAGCACUGGACAUAUUAUCCGGUUAUGUGUGUUGCCAGGGUUAACUUGUUUGUACAGACACUAUUGUUAUUGUUGUCAAAAAGACCAGUCCCAAAUAGAGCUUUGAACGUAAUGGGAACCCUUGUGUUCUGGACUUGGUUCCCUCUCCUUGUUUCAUGUCUACCCACCUGGACAGAGAGGACGAUGUUUGUGCUUUUGAGCUUUGCAGUGACAUCAGUUCAGCACGUUCAAUUCACUUUGAACCAUUUCUCAGCAGAUGUAUAUCUCGGCCACCCGGGUGGGAAUGAUUGGUUUGAGAAGCAGGCUGCUGGGACUAUAGAUAUCUCAUGCUCACCUUGGAUGGAUUGGUUCUAUGGAGGGCUGCAGUUUCAGCUUGAGCAUCAUUUGUUCCCUCGCAUGCCUCGUUGCCAACUAAGGAAUAUUUCUCCUAUUGUUAUUGAUCUUUGUAAGAAGCACAAUUUGCCUUAUAGGAGUUUAUCCUUCUGGGAAGCCAAUGUUUCCACCAUUAAAACUCUCAGAACUGCUGCUCUGCAAGCUCGGGAUCUUACCAACCCUAUCCCCAAGAACUUGGUCUGGGAAGCUGUUAAUACUCAUGGUUGAAGAGUCAGAUUUUGGAGGCUUUUCGAGAUCCCCUUUUUCUAUUCGCAUUUGAUCAUUAUUUUUCAAGUAAUAAGUUGAGAACUUAGAAUGGUGACGGUCUAUUCUUAGUGGUUUUGAGCACGUUAUCGUUUUUUAUUCAUAUAUAGUUAUCUAGAUGAAAUCUUUUCGCUUAAACUGAUUUCAUUUUUACAUGUUGCUGUUUAGUUCUAUUCUUUACUUUGAUUUAUGUUGAGAGCGCUGAUCAAUGAGAUGGAAAAUUAGUUUAUAGACA